ACGCAGCUCCCCGCCAUGCGGCGCUUCCUCACCGACAGGGCGCGGCGCGCGGUGGCCGCUUCCCUGCGCGCCGCCACCAGGCCAGCCCCGCCGUGUCCGGCCGCUCCGGCUCGGGCGCUGUCUCGGCCUUCCCCUUCUCCGGCUUCGGCGAUGGCCUCAUACAUGGCGAGGGCCAUGUCCACUUCGGCCGCCGCUGCGCCGCCAGUGUCACUUGACACCAUCAACCCCAAGGUUCUGGAGUUCAAAUAUGCUGUUCGCGGAGAGAUUGUAACACAUGCUCAGAACUUAGAAGAAGAGUUACACAAAAAUCCAGAAUCGCUUCCGUUUGAUGAGAUAUUGUAUUGCAACAUUGGCAAUCCUCAUUCCCUUGGUCAACAACCUGUUACUUUUUUCAGAGAGGUCCUCUCUUUAUGUGAUCAUCCAGCUCUCUUGGACAAAAGUGAGACUCAUGCUCUAUACAGUUCAGAUGCUAUAGAGAGAGCAUGGCAAAUCCUAGAUAAAAUCCCAGGAAGAGCAACAGGAGCAUAUAGCCAUAGUCAGGGUAUAAAAGGUUUGCGUGAUGAAAUUGCUGCUGGUAUUGCUGCCCGUGAUGGUUUCCAUGCUAGUGGAGAUAACAUCUUCCUCACAGAUGGAGCAAGCCCAGCAGUGCACAUGAUGAUGCAGUUACUGAUAAGGUCUGAGAAGGAUGGCAUUCUCUGCCCUCUUCCUCAAUACCCACUGUAUUCUGCAUCAAUCACUCUUCAUGGUGGUUCUUUUGUUCCUUAUUAUCUCGAUGAAGAGACAGGAUGGGGGCUGGAGGUUGACGAGCUUAAAAAACAACUAGAUGAGGCUCGAUCUAAGGGUAUCACUGUCAGAGCGCUCGUGGUCAUAAAUCCGGGAAAUCCAACUGGACAGGUUCUUGCUGAGGAAAACCAAAAGAAGAUUGUUGAAUUCUGCAAGAACGAAGGACUUGUUCUUCUUGCAGAUGAGGUUUACCAAGAAAACAUAUAUGUUGAAGAUAAGAAAUUCCACUCUUUCAAAAAGAUUGCACGGUCCAUGGGAUACACAGAUGAUGAUCUUCCUUUGGUAUCGUUCCAGUCAGUUUCGAAAGGUUACCAUGGAGAAUGUGGAAAACGAGGAGGCUACAUGGAAGUAACUGGAUUUAAUGCCGAUGUAAGGGAACAGAUUUACAAGGUGGCAUCAGUGAAUCUUUGUUCAAAUGUCUCUGGCCAAAUUCUGUCUAGCCUCAUAAUGAACCCACCCAAGGCGGGGGAUGAAUCCUACGAAUCCUUUAUGGUAGAGAGAGAUGGUAUUCUAUCAUCGCUGGCUCGACGUGCAAAGGCCUUGGAAGAAGCAUUCAAUAGUUUAGAAGGCAUCACAUGUAACAAAGCUGAGGGCGCAAUGUAUUUGUUCCCUCGCCUGCAUUUGCCCCAGAAGGCAAUUGGAGCUGCACAAGCAGCCGGUGCUGCCCCAGAUGCAUAUUAUGCUCUCCGCCUUCUUCAAGCCACGGGAAUUGUUGUCGUUCCUGGCUCUGGGUUUGGUCAGGCUCCUGGAACAUAUCAUUUUAGAUGUACGAUCUUGCCACAGGAGGACAAAAUUCCUGCAAUCAUAUCCAGGUUUAAGGAAUUCCAUGAGAAAUUCAUGGACGAAUACCGUGAUGGAGCACCCGCCUCUUCCAAAACUGAAAGCGUAGAAGAUAAAACUGGAAGCGCCGGUGAUAAGACUGCUGGAAGUGGAGAUAAAACUGUAAGCGGCAGCGAUAAAACUGAAAGUGGAGGAGACUAAGCGCCCAACUCAAACUUCACGUACAGUCAGUUUCUGUCGAAAUAAUAAAGAUCAUGCAAUGGUGCCAUGCUCGGUUAAAUGGAUGAAUCAAUCUGACUUGCCCCAGCUUCAUUUGCACAAAUGUCUUGGAAUCAGACCUUGCAAAAAUCUCCAGAACUGUGUAUUUGCAAAACCAUGCCCUUUUUGACUCGUGAGAAUAUGUAUUGGGAUGGGAGAUGUAAAGAGAUUGCUACUAGAAUGCUUUGGGAAAUGAAAUCUUACUGUGCA